AUUGUUUGAUCAGUUCAAAUUAAAACUUUCCCCAGUGCAGACGUGUCAGCACCAUUCUACUGUGGCGGGAACAUCGUACUGCCAAGUGCCACGAUCAGAUGCUGACGCAUGGAAACCCAAACCGCGGCACCAAAAUGGAAGAAGUCAAUGAAAAGUUGAAGAAUUUCUUAAUUACAUCCAGCGCGAGUGGUGUCGAGUUGGAUUGUUUGGCCUCGUUCCGUCGGUAUAGACAGGAGCUGCAGCGCAAUUAUCUUCACUACGAAACGAGAAAGUAUCAGCUCAUCCUCGCAUUCCUAAUUUGUAUGAUCGGAAAACAUUAUUUCAACGAGCUGUUUGCAAAUGAAGAUUGCAUCCUUGGGAUGCCACAACAGCUGCAGAAAGCGUUUCGCCCGCCGGAAAGUUGUGACUUUUGCCGGGAGAUGCGAGAAGUGCCUCGACUCGCCAAUGUAGACCCGGAUGAAUUCGAGCAGAACUAUGCAUACGCUGGAGGUCCGGCAAUUGUAACGGAUGCAACCCCAAACUGGACCGCCACAGAAUACUUCGAUUAUUGGUUUUUCAAGGAUAUCUACGAAACAUAUGGAAAACGUAAAAAAGCCGCUCGAUGCCAGUUUUUUCCCUAUCAAACGGGUUUUCGCAACAUCCACGAAGCGUUCGAUUUGGAUGCAGCACGCGUGAACUACGAACCUGGUACUGAGCCGUGGUACUUUGGGUGGAGUAAUUGUGAUCCGGAGAUAGUGAAAAUUUUAAGAGAACACUACGGUCGGCCAUACUUUUUGCCACGUGGGUCGGAAAAUAACGCUGUGGAUUGGGUGUUUAUGGGUGGGCCCGGACUGGGAGCUCACAUGCAUGUUGACAACGUACGUUUACCAUCCUGGCAAUCGCAACUCAAAGGAUCUAAGGAAUGGAUUCUCGCUCCACCGCCUGAGUGCUACUAUAGUUGUAACUUUUUAUCCGUAGUAGUGAAAACCGGAGAGACAAUUGUCCUCGAUACCAACAAGUGGUACCACAAGACCAACGUCCUUUCCGGUGAAAUCAGUAUCACGGUUGGUGCAGAAUACGAUUAAGCGACCACUUACCUGGAUAUGAUAGUAGUUGCCGGUGGAAACUCGACUAUGUCUUCUCUUAUCUCGAGAUCGUUGUAGAAGCUCACCACAUGCGGCUCAUUGUUCCGGAACA